AAAUUCUAAGGUAUUAAAUGUUCAAUUUGAUUUUGUCCUUAGUCCUUACUCUUCUUAUCUGUUAUCCAUUGUAAUUUAAGUCGCACUUUCUACUCUAAAUAAAUAAAAGUUAUAUAUAUACAUAUCUUACUUCAUUAUGCUAAUUGAGAAAAACGAAUUAUGGAAGAUGGAAAUGAAGAAGAAGAAGAAAUCGCAGAACCUGAGUAUUUCCUGUGUCCGAUUUCUCUCCAGAUCAUGAAGGAUCCGGUAACCACCGUCGCCGGAAUCACCUACGAUCGGAAAAGCAUAGAGCAGUGGUUGGGGACGACGGCGGCGGAUGAAGGCGGCGGCGUAUGUCCAGUGACGAAGCAGGCGAUUUCCAGAGGAUCGGACUUGACGCCGAACCACAUGCUUCGGAAGCUGAUUCAGGCAUGGUGCAUUGCGAAUGGCAAGGCUGGGAUUGAGAUUGAUCCUCCGCCAAAAUCUCCAGUGCAGAGGUCUCUUAUCCUGAAAUUGAUUCGCGAUGUGAAUGGUAGGUGUGAUGAUUUGAUUAAAUUCAGUGCUCUGAAGAAAUUGGAUGAAUUGGCGAUGGCGAGUGAGAGAAAGAGUGGUGGAGAAGACCUGAAGGUAAUGGUGGAGGCUGGAGUGGCCAAAGCGAUGGUUGCGUUUGUUUCUAGAAGCUUCCAGGAUGGGAAAAUCCUUGCCGUUGAUCUCGCCGUGAGGAUUCUCCGGCGAACGUGGACUCCGACGGCGGAGAUUGUUGGUGAAGACGUAGCUACGUUCAUUCAAGCAAUUCUGUGGAUUUUGAACACCGGAAUUGAAAAUCAGGCGAAAAUCCUCGCCGUAAUUGUUCUAAAAAACGUAACGGAAAUUGCGAAUUCGAACCUUCUGGAGAGAUUCGAGCCGUAUUUCUUCACCGAAACGGUUCUCCUUCUGAGGAAGAACAUAUCGCCGGCGGCGACGCGAGCGACGCUUCAAAUUCUGAUAAAAGCCUGCGAAUCAGGGAGGAACAAGGUGAAAACCGUCGAAGCAGGAGCAGUUUUCGAUCUAAUCGAAAUCGAAAUAGGCAAACCUGAGAGGAAGACGACGGAGCUAAUCUUCAGCCUCCUCGCGAUUCUCUGUUCCUGCGCCGACGGUCGGCAUCAGCUACUGAAGCACGCCGGAGGCAUAGCGGUGGCGGCGAAGAGGCUGCUGAGGGUGUCGCCCUCGGCGGAUGAUCGGAUACUGUGCGUUCUGGAGUGGAUCGCGCGGCGCUCCGCCACGAGAGAGGUGGUUCUGGAGAUGCUCCGCGUGGGCGGCGUGACGAAGCUCUGUAUGGUGCUUCAGGCGGACUGCGCCGAGUAUUUGAAGACGAAAGCCAGGGCGAUUUUGCGGUUGCAUUCCGGCGCGUGGGGCAACUCGCCAUGUAUACAGGUGUAUCUCCUUACGAGGGACCCUAGAUGACUAUGGAAAAUCCGGGAUCUCAAGAUCCAGGUAAAUCCUGAUCGUUGAUUUAUAAUAGCGUGUGUCGUUUGAUAUCUGUGAUGUCUGGUGCUCGGGUGCUGUGAUCCAGGACUAGCAUCAAUAAAUCAUGAGUGUUUUUCUCUGUUUUUUCAAUAUACUUUUAAAUUAGGAUUUUUAAAAAUAAUAUUCCCUCACAUCCAUAACAGUAUCAUUU